AUGAGUGGUGGCUGGAACACGAUCGAGUCCGAUGCGGGCGUCUUCACAUCCCUCAUCGAAAACCUCGGCGUCAAAAACGUCCAGUUCGAAGAGCUCCUGACCCUCGACCCCUCGGAGCUCCUCGCCCUGCAGCCCCUCUACGGCGUAAUCUUCCUCUUCAAGUACCCGACGGACCGGCCGUACGCCGACGCCUCGGGCCCGCAGGACGGCGCCUUCGACCACGACGCGUCGGAGCGCAUCUUCUUCGCCGCGCAGACGAUCCAGAACGCGUGCGCCACGCAGGCCCUGCUGAGCGUGCUCCUCAACAAGACGGAGGACGAGGGCGUCGACAUCGGCCCGCAGAUGCACGACUUCCGGGACUUCACCAUGGUGCUGCCGCCCGAGUUCCGGGGCGAGGCGCUGAGCAACUCGGACCUCAUCCGGGAGGUGCACAACGGGUUCGCGCGGAGCAGUCCCUUUGCGGACGAGACGGCGCGGCAGCACGGGGAGCCGUCCGAGGACGUCUUCCACUUCAUCGCCUACACGCCCAUCGGCGGGACGCUGUACGAGCUGGACGGCCUGCAGCCGGCGCCGAUCUCGCACGGGCCGUGCACCCCGGACGAGUUCCCCCUCAAGGUCGUCGACGUGCUGCGGCGGCGCGUCGCGCGCUACGACGAGGCCGAGAUCCGGUUCAACCUGCUGGCCAUGUGCCGGGACCUGCGCGUGCGCGCGAGGGAGUUUGGCGACGAGGAGCUGCUCGAGCGGGAGGAGCGCAAGCGGCGCGACUGGGCGUUUGAGAACGCCCUGAGGCGGCACAACUUUGUGGGCUUCGCGGGGGAGGUGCUCAAGAGGGUGGUGGAGAAGAAGCUCGGCGAGGGAGGCGACGAGGCGGUGGACAAGUGGGUGGGCGAGGGUCUCGAGAGGAGGAGGGCUGCGGAGAAGGCGAGGGGUGGUGGUGGUGGAGGGGAUGUGGAUAUGAGUGGGUGA